ACAAUAUGAGUCUCAAGAGGGUGAAGAAGAGAAGAGAGAAAUUGGAGUUGGGGAAAAAUGGAAUCAGAGGCGAAGCAAAAGCAGAAGCAGCAUCCGCGUUUGAUUCUCCACAAUUUCUUGAGCGAUGAUCAAUGCAAGGAACUAGAAUUCAUACACAAGAGCAACAGCACCGUUGGGUACAGACCAAACGUAUUCUCCACCACUCUCUCUCAUCUCAUCGCCACCAACUCUCCUCAUCUUCUCCUUCCUUUCGUACCCAUCAGAGAGACCUUGAAGGACAAGGUCGAGGACUUCUUUGAUUGCCAAUUUGACCUCUUCAUCGAGUUCACCGGCUUAAUCAGCUGGACCAGAGGAGCAAGCAUUGGAUGGCAUAGUGAUGAUAACAGACCUUAUCUCAAACAACGUGACUUUACGGCAGUGUGCUAUUUGAACAGUUAUGGGAGGGAUUUUAAAGGUGGACUUUUUCACUUCAAGGAUGGGGAACCAACAACUAUUGAGCCCUUGGCUGGGGAUGUUGCGAUCUACACAGCUGACAGCAGCAACAUUCAUUCUGUUGAUGAGAUAACUGAUGGGGAAAGACUUACGCUUACAUUAUGGUUCAGCCGUGAUGCUUCCCAUGAUGAGGAUGCUAAACUUGUUUCUCUUCUCUCACAAAGUCUUUCACACUAUAAUGAGCCUGGUCCAUGUCUACCUUUGCCAGCAUCCAGUAAUAUGUACUGGUUUUCACCUGGCCAAUCUUCCUAUCAACAGUUGGGUUUUGAUAUAUGCUGGGCAAGGCUGCAUGUUCUUGGAUUUGAUGUUUAUUAUGAUCAAGAUACAAGUUGCGAUUUAGAUUUCUCAGAUUUACUGAUGAAGCCACUACGAUUAGCAAGGGGAAAUGAGUUGUUUGAUCAGGAAUUUAUCAACAUUUUGCACGCUCUUCAGGUUGUGCAGUAUUACUGUUGGAAAUCCUCUACUUUGCAGACUUCCAAAUUUCAAAUAGACACUUGCAAGGUGGUGGAAUUGUCUCAUUCACAAAUGGAAAAAAUUAAUAGAUUGAAUCAUGUAUUUUCAAAGGAUAAUCAACUGGCAGAGACAGUCUUAAACUGCAUGACGUGUGAGAGCAGACAGCAUUUCCUUGAUUGGGCAAAUUUUGUCUCUUCAGUCUCUUUAUGGAGAGAUUAUGCAUCAAAGUUACACGAAGAACUAGUUAGAAGCUUACCAUUUUGGAGAACCCACCAAUCUAUAUUUGGAGUUCAAUUUAAUGGGGCCUGAGAAGGAACUCAUUUAUUCUUUCAUUGUUACCACUUGAAAUGCAUGAUUCUGGGAAUUUAAUUUUCUC